GGAGGAGAGGCCCGGGCGCCGCGCGGCAGCUGGGGAGGGGGCCGCGGCUGGGCGCAUGCAGAACAGCUGAUCUGGUUUUCCCGAAGCUACGGAAGAUGGAAGUCGGCUAGCGGCGAUUGCGGCGCUGCGGGCGGACCGGCGGGCGGCGCGGCAGAGUCCUCAGGAGCUGUCUGGGCUCUCGUUCCUCCCCUGUGGCAACAAUGGGCAAUUUCCAUCAGAGGCGGUGCCAUGCUGACCCAAAUGCCUGAGUGCCACUCAUCUCCAGAGAGUGAGGAGUCUGAAAAGUGGCAGUGACAGAAGAGGAGACCAUUGCGGCUGAAGCUGCGGUGCAUGAGGCGAAGGAAGAAGGAGUCUCCUAACUGGUGCCACAUACAUCAGAUGGAUGGUCUCUAGCCUGCUUCCAAACCCGCCCUCGGCUGAGUGCUGGGCAGCACUUCUACAUGAUCCUAUGACGCUUGAUAUGGACGCAGUCCUGUCAGACUUUGUUCGGUCCACGGGGGCAGAACCUGGUCUGGCCAGAGACCUGCUGGAAGGUAAAAACUGGGACCUGACAGCUGCACUAAGCGACUAUGAGCAACUCCGACAGGUGCACACAGCCAACCUGCCACAUGUGUUCAACGAAGGAAGGUGUGCCAAGCAGCCCGAGCGAGAAUUGCCCCAGCCUGGGCACAAGGUGGAGAGGCCUUGCCUGCAGAGACAGGACGAUAUUGCUCAAGCAGAGAAGCGCCUGUCCCGGGGGAUCUCCCAUGCCAGCUCAGCCAUCGUCUCCCUGGCCCGAUCCCACGUGGCAAAUGAAUGCAACAAUGAGCAGUUCCCACUGGAGAUGCCCAUCUAUACAUUCCAGCUGCCAGACCUGAGCGUAUACAGUGAGGACUUCAGGAGCUUCAUCGAACGGGACCUGAUUGAGCAAGCCACAAUGGUAGCUCUGGAGCAAGCAGGUCGGCUGAACUGGUGGUCUACUGUGUGCACGAGCUGUAAAAGGCUGCUUCCUUUGGCUACAACAGGGGAUGGGAACUGCCUCUUACAUGCUGCCUCACUAGGAAUGUGGGGCUUUCAUGACCGGGACCUGGUUUUGCGGAAAGCUCUCUACACCAUGAUGAGGACAGGUGCUGAGCGGGAAGCCCUGAAGCGGAGAUGGAGGUGGCAGCAGACACAGCAGAACAAGGAGUCAGGGCUGGUGUACACUGAGGAGGAAUGGGAGCGAGAGUGGACAGAGCUGCUAAAACUGGCCUCCAGCGAGCCUCGCACACACUUCAGCAAGAACGGGAGCGGCACGGGUGGUGGUGUGGACAACUCCGAGGACCCUGUAUAUGAAAGCCUGGAGGAGUUCCAUGUCUUCGUCCUAGCCCACAUACUACGGAGACCCAUUGUGGUGGUGGCAGACACCAUGUUAAGAGACUCCGGUGGAGAAGCAUUUGCGCCCAUCCCGUUUGGAGGGAUCUACCUGCCCUUGGAGGUGCCUCCCAACAGGUGCCACUGCUCACCCCUGGUUCUGGCCUAUGACCAAGCGCACUUCUCAGCCCUAGUGUCCAUGGAACAGAGAGACCAACAGAGAGAACAAGCUGUGAUCCCUCUGACGGAUUCUGAACACAAGCUGCUGCCCUUGCACUUUGCAGUGGAUCCGGGAAAGGACUGGGAGUGGGGAAAAGAUGACAACGACAAUGCCCGGCUAGCCAACCUCAUCCUGUCCCUAGAAGCCAAGCUGAACCUUCUACACAGCUACAUGAAUGUGACGUGGAUCCGCAUCCCCUCCGAGACCCGGGCUCCCCUUGCACAGCCAGAGUCCCCAACGGCCUCGGCAGGGGAGGAUGUACAGUCCCUGGCGGAAUCGCUGGACUCGGACCGCGAUUCUGUGUGCAGCAAUUCCAACAGCAAUAAUGGCAAGAACGGGAAGGAGAAGGAGAAGGAGAAACAGCGCAAGGACAAGGACAAGACGCGCGCGGACUCCGUGGCCAACAAGCUGGGCAGCUUCAGCAAGACGCUGGGCAUCAAGCUGAAGAAAAACAUGGGAGGGCUAGGUGGCCUGGUGCACGGUAAGAUGGGUCGUGCCAACUCUGCCAAUGGCAAAAACGGCGACAGCGCCGAGCGUAGCAAGGAGAAAAAGUCCAAGUCGCGCAAGGGCAGCAAAGAGGAAUCGGGAGCGUCAGCUAGCACCUCGCCUUCGGAGAAGACCACGCCGUCGCCCACGGACAAGGCGACGGGAGCGUCGCCGGCCGACAAGGGCACCGGGUCAAGAGGCGACGCCUGGAAGUACAGCACGGACGUAAAGCUGAGCCUCAACAUCCUGCGCGCCGCCAUGCAAGGCGAGCGCAAAUUCAUCUUCGCCGGCCUGCUGCUCACCAGCCACCGGCACCAGUUCCACGAAGAGAUGAUCGGCUACUACCUAACCAGCGCGCAGGAGCGCUUCAGCGCGGAGCAAGAACAGCGGCGGCGGGACGCCGCGGCCGCUGCUGCCGCGGCCGCUGCCGCAGCCACCGCCACGGCCAAGCGGCCGACGCGCAGGCCAGAGGCCGAAGGUGCGCCGGGUCCGGAGCGCGCCUCGCCCGGCCCGCCAGCCGCGCCGCCCACGCAGCUGGUGCUCAAGCUCAAGGAGCGGCCGAGCCCCGGGACUGGAGCGAGCGCUCGGGCGGCUCGGGCGGCGGGCGGCGCGGCGUCCCCGGGGCCGGGCGGCGGUGCGCGGCGCGCGACUCCCGGGCCGGGAGGACCGACUCCGGGCCGCAGCCCGCCCGCGCCCGCGCGCCAGAGCGUCAUCCACGUGCAGGCGGCGGCCCGGGACGAGGCGUGCCCGCCGACCGUGGGCGCGCUACGGCCGUGCGCCACGUACCCGCAGCAGAACCGCUCGCUGUGGUCGCAGAGCUACAGCCCAGCGCGCAGCGCGCUGCGCACGGUCAACACGGUGGAGUCGCUGGCGCCCGGCGGAGCGGACGCCCCCGGCCCCGCGGAGCACAAGUCGCAGACCUACAGCAACGGCUUCGGCGCAGCCCGCGACGGGCUGGAGUUCGCCGACGCCGACGCGCCGGCCGCGCGCUCGAACGCUGAGUGCGGCCGCGGAGGCCCCGGGCCGGCUCAGCGGCGCUGCCAGCGGGAGAACUGCGCGUUCUACGGGCGCGCGGAGACCGAGCAUUUCUGCUCCUAUUGCUACCGAGAGGAGCUGCGGCGGCGGCGCGAGGCGCGCGCAGCGCGACCCUGAGCCGCCCGGGACUGCUUUUCCAUCCUGUGGGUCUUUUUUUACUUGCUCUGGUCAGCCGAAGGGCCGGCGCCUCCUCGGUCAGUGCCGUGUACGUGUUUGGUCAAACGUUCCUAAUGGUGCCUGAACCUACACUGAUGCCACUCAGGUAGUAGACGGAUAGGAAACAAGUCAUACUGUUGGAAGUGGGUGUGCUAGCCUAGCAUCUGCCUCGUACCUGUGGAAACUCAAUAGCCAUUGCAAGAGUAUUUUUGUUCCUCUAUACGAGAAAUAAAGAAAAUCGCAGCCCUUUGUUUUUAGAAGGGAGUGUUUUACAUGCUUUUUUUUCCUAACCUAGGGACUGACCUCUUCCAAGUAGCGGUCACUUGCGUGCGGUUGGUAGCACGCAGGGUGUAGAAGCAAACGCGCAGCCCGGCCUGAGGUGGAGCCUCGUCUGCACCUCCCACCUGCUUCCCACCAGGGUCCCUGGAGACCUCCAGCAGGCACCUUGCUACCCGCUGACGCUGGCCCCUUAGGACUCCCACCUCCAUUUCAUAAGCAGACCCCCCUUCCACAGCCCCACCCCGGCUCGAGCAACAUUCACACUGCCAUCCAAGCUACGGGCGACCACAGAAUGGGCACCGGACAACCUACCUCUCAGGGCACGGUGAGGUGUAGCGAUCGCUCUCAGUGCCGGGCAGCUCAGGUGACAGGGGCUUCUCAGAGACACUUGGGGUGCAAAAAAAAAAACAGGGUCACAAUCGGAUCGGCCCACUAUGAGCCAGCAUGAUAGGCUGGCCAUAUCUCCUUUGAAGACAUAUGUAUAGUGAACUGUCGCUGGAGGGCCCCUUAGGAGGUGAGAUCACAUCCGUGCCCAGAGGAGGGGACAGAAUUGACCCCUUGGUCACUGUGUCAGCCCACUGGGCUGCUUUGAACCCAGCCUAGCCCCCUUCCAUAGGGUAGGGGCUGAGAGAGGCCGGGAGGGAAGGAAACCACCCCUACCCCACCUGCCUCUGUCAGGGUUCAGCCAGGUUAAAGGGCUCUCUGCUGGUGGAGACCCUUCCCAGAGCGGCCCUGCUCCUGGCUCCAUGCCACAUUGAGGGAGCAGCCAAGUCUCCGAGCAGUCUCCUUUUUGGUGCCUCCUACAUUUCUUGAGGAAAAUUUAAAAAAUAAUAAUGUGUCCUUAGCUACCCUGUUUUGAGCAGCAAUAUGCAGCCUCUUCCUUCCGAGAUUACCUCUGCAGACCACUGUUCUUGGCCAAGGACACCAAGGAGCUAGUCCUCACUAAAAGCUAGCGAGCUUGCUUCCAGGAAACACGGAUGAGAUGGGUGAAAUCCUCACUAACAACACAAUACUUUCAUACCUGUGAGAGCUUUAGACUAGCCCCUGAUAGCCCUAAAACGAGAUAGCACCUCCUUAGCCUCAGAAAGCACAGGAGAUGGGUUAUACCUUCACUGGAGCCAGCUCCUGAAAGGAUGCUUCAUCCACUGACAUCCAGAGCAGCAAAAGCAAAAAAUAAAAAUUUUCAAAAGAUGGGGAGGGAUUUUUUUUUUUACUUGUUUGGAAAAAUUAUAAUAAAACUGAGUAUCUCCUGUGAGUAGUUUCUUUUUUUGUUUUUAAUUAUUCCACAGCCUGAGGAGUCUUCAGUAAUGUAUUCAAGUUUUGCAUAAAGUAGUUCCUUAAAUCAAAGUUAUUUAUUAAAUAGAAUCUUUAAGAAGUUCUUUUCAAAGUCUUACUUUUUGUGCUGAACAUGAUACACUAAAUGUGUGGUGAUUACUAAUAUUCAUGUUCCUGAUAGUACUGGGGUUUCUCUUUUUACUUAGAAAAAAAAAAUGAUUCUCAAAAAAAAAAAAAAAAAUCUCUUGCUGAGAGGGUUUGUGGCAGCUUUGGGGCUGGGGGACAGUUUCUUUUGAACAUGACACCUGAGCUGCUCUUUCACCCACCAAAGCUGUAGGCCACAGAAGCCUCUGCGGCCAGCACAGUGGCCUGCUCUAGCUCAUCUCUCAAAGCAACCUGACUAGUGUUCCCAUGUGCAUUCCAAAGCCCAGUCCUUAUACACUGAGGUGGAAAUCUAUGUUUGUCUUUCUCAUACUGUGAUGUUAAAACGGCUGGCUAUACAAAUCCUUUCUCUUUCUCAUGCACUCUGCCAGAAAAGCUAGAUGAAUAAAUAAAUAGGGUAAACUGA